UAGCAACAACAUAACAAUAACUUUACUACACAUUACAUUCCACAGGACUCUUUUUAAAAUGCCUCUCUUUUCUCGCUCGGGAUUCAAAUCGGGAAAGAAACCAGUCAAGAGGAAGUCAUUCUCUAUUGGUAACUUAUCCUCACUAGAUGAGACCACAUAUUCCAUCAAUGACUUGAAACUGGACAGUGCUGGCCCUCUAACCAUGAGAUUGUCUGGACAAGAGCUUGUCUUUACUAAAGGACAAUGGGUGCUAGUUCCUAAAGAUGGCAGUACACCUGGCUCAGCUACAGGGAUAGUUGAAGCAUCUCAACAACUUCAAAAAGAAAACAAGAGACUUCUGGAAGAGAACAACCUGUUAAAGUACAAAACUGAACUUCUACUCGACAUGCUAGCCUUGAGCAAUGCCGACAACUUUAAUUUAAAAGAAGAGAUUGAGUCUCUCAAAAAAGUCAAAAAGAAGACAAAAAAGAAACAAUGAACAAAAUUGUAAAAUUAUUUUUAUCUAAAAUGUCAAGCCUUGAAUUCAUGCUAAAGAUCUUUUAUUUUCAAAAGUCAA